CGAAACUACCAAAAUUGGAGUUUGUCCACUGUGCAAUUUCACAUAUGUAUCAUUCAUGCACUUUUCCAGUCAUCUUACAUUUGCACAUGAAUCGAUUGAAAAUUUCCUUCGUAACAUAGGUUGUAGCAUUUGUUCAUUCUCAGUUCCCUCAGAAAUUGAUCGGGAAAAGCGUGAAUGUUUAUUUAAACAUCACAUGGCAAGUCAUCAAUGUACAAAUGAUACCUCAGUGACUGGAACACCUAAGAGUGUUGCCUGUUCGACUGAACUGAACGAAGCAACGAAAACCCCUGGUGAUGCAUUACUUGAAGACAUGCCAUCACAGGAUUCGAUCACAGGGACUGUAGCAAUAAAUACAAUUGGAUUAACAACAGUGAAAAUUCUGGGCUAUAAAUGCCCUAUCUGCUUAUCUCUCUUUCAGAGUGCUAGUGAACAUUUGGACCAUAGCACAACAUGUCAGCUGCAAUUCAAAGCUAUAGUUUCCCUUAACACUGCAUAUGACUUUCUGAGCAGAUGCAGAAUCUGUGGAUUAAAUCUUCACAAUUAUGAAGAUAUGGCUAAACACUAUACGAUUGAGCACACUUGUUUUGCAAGUGAAACCUUAUUCAGGGCUGUGGAUUUAUAUAACAAAGA